AUGGUUGAUGGGUUUGAUAUAUUAUCAAGUGAAUUGGAGCUUUUGCAAUAUAUGUACCCUGAGCUUAAAAUUUAUGAAUAUGAAGAACCAGUACUUAAAAAUACAACAAUAAACGGAAUUUUUAACUUCAGUAUUACUACAGAAAAAGAAGUUUUGAUUGUAAAUACUAAAAGCAAUAAUCAAAAAAUCAAGAUAAAUAAAUUUCCUAAUAAUAUCUUUGAGUUCAAGUUAUUUCCUUUGGAGUAUCCUGUUUUUGAAAAAUGUUUAGAGUUUGAAAUUAAAAGCAACUGGAUGGUUGAAGAGCAGAAAUUGAAAAUAUCUAAAUCUCUAACGAAACAAUUUCAAAGUUUUAUGGACAAUGAUGAUGGACCUUUGUUGACUUUAAUAUUUGAUCAUUUGCUUAAUACAAACAUAUUGUUCCCCAGUUAUGAAUACGUUGUUUCUACUGAUAAACAAUUCAACUUGUUUGUAGAAAUUUCACAAACCGUAGAGAAAAGCGAUUUUGAAAAUAAAAAUUUUGAUUGCAGUAUAUGUUUAGAAAAUAAAAAGGGCGAAGAGAUGAUAGAACUUCCUUGCAAUCAACAACAUUUUCUCUGUCAAAGGUGUUUAAAAGAUUAUUAUGCAACCCUGAUAAAAGAAGGUCGAAUAGCAAUGAUUAGAUGCCCCGAGUGUAAAUAUGAUUUUGCCAACAACAACAUUAAUAAUAAUUUGGAUGACGACAUAUCUGAUUUUUCCAAAUAUGGUAGUUAUUCACGAUUAAUAAAACAAUUGUUUACUCCAAUCAUUCCAUUUGAAUUUUUCCAUAAAAUUUUGGAUCAAGAACUAGUUUCAAGAUACAAAAAGUUGUUUAAAGAACAAGCCUUUAAUAGAUUGUCCAAAGAAUAUCCAUAUACUUGUAUACAUUGUCCCAGAUGUAACGAAUGGUGUUUGAAAGAAGAACAAUUAGAUGACCAAUUGGUACGAUGCAACAACUGUGAUUUUUAUUUUUGUUUUGAAUGUCUUCAUUCAUGGCAUGGGUCAACCAAUGCGUGUUUAAAAAAGAUUGCUCCCAUUAAAGAAGCAAUUUUAGAAGAAUAUCUGGACCCAUUUACUUCCCCUAUGAGAAAAUAUGAAUUGGAAUUGAAAUUUGGUAAGAAAUUGUUGCAAAUGGAAAGUAGUGGAUAUCAGGCUGAAAAAUUACUGGAUUUGGAAAUAGAAAAACAAGAUUCUGAUAUGAAGAGAUGUCCCAAGUGCAGUACGCCAAUUCAAAAGAUCGAUGGCUGUAACAAGAUGAAAUGUGCUGUUUGUGCCAAAUUAUUCUGUUUUUUGUGUGGUGAUCUAUUAGAUACCGACGAUCCAUAUUCCCAUUAUAGAGAACCUAAAUCUGAAUGUUAUAGUAGGCUUUUUGAAGGCAUGCCAGGUACUGAAUAA